CUGAAGAGAAGAGCUCCUCCACAAAGCCGGUACUUUCUCUAUCUCUCUCGUACUCUUUUUUUUGCUGUCUCUAAAUCUUUCUCUGCUUUUUGCCGGAGUGCUGGAACGGUCACCCGUGUGAGCAUCAGCAGAGAGGAGAAGCGAGUGAGCAAGGAGGCACACAAGGACAGCAACAUGGGGAAGAUUUUUCAGGCAAGUUGACAACCUUUACUCGGAGUGCAAGAGAAGGUGAGAAAUGUACAAAAAAAGAGUGUGAAGGAGACGCAGAGAGAGGGGGAUUAAAAAGCCGGAAUGCGCUGACACUGGAGACCUGAGUUUCUGUUUGCAUUUGGCACAGCAAGACCUGUCACUCCACACACACACACACUUACACACACUGUUUGCUUUGGAGGAUGUUCCCACGAGGCCACGCCAGGAGGAGAGAACACCUUCCAAGGAUCUGUUAACCCCCCACCCCUCACCUAUAGCUUCUCCAAAGUGCCGGCCCCUUCCAGCCUACCUGCACCAGUCACAACACGCCGCAGAGUCACACUCUCUCACAGCGGAGACACCCUGGAUUUCCUCACGGGACACCACUGCAGUCACUCUGGCUGAGGAGCUUUUCUGACCUGCUGCAGGAUGUCCAAAGCCUCCAGGCUGGCGCGGCCCUCCGCCUCCUCCAUCGGGGCCGGAUCUAGGCUUCCCUCCCCCAGGAAGGAAUCAACGGGUCGAGUUCGGGUGCUGAGCGUUGGGGAAAAGCUGAUGAGGGCAGGUAGCGAUGGGAUCCUGAGCCGACAGAAGUCUCUUAAAGUCGCUGGGACUCAGGACAAAGCACAGAGCGAGACUCAGGCCGAGGCCCCCAGACAGAAUCCAGGUGAGAAGGGCCAACACAUGGAGAUGCUCCCCCCCAAGAGCAAGAUCAGCCCACCUAAAGCCUCCAGUCAGCAGCAAGGCUCUAUGCACAAACAAACCAAAAGCAACCUGAAGGUAACGUCUCCGGAGGACGGGCAGCACGUCAGCCGCAGACAGGUGUCCCCAAAUGGGACAAAAGGGGACGCUAAAGGCAGCCGGACCGUCCCACGCAGACACACUUUAGGCGGGGCCAGAGGCUCCCGGGAGAUCCUGGCUAUGCAGCCGCCGGAAAUGGACAAGAAGAGGGAGGCCUUCCUGGAGCAUCUGAAGCAGAAAUACCCCCAUCAUGCAUCAGCCAUCAUGGGCCACCAGGAGAGGCUGAGAGAGCAGAGCAGAAGCCCAAAGCACGGCCCCAGCAGCGUUGGAGAGGCGGACCACCUCUCCCUGGCCUCCCUGGAGUCACUGGACACCAUGUCUGAGGCCGACUCCCCCACAAACUUCACCCGCGGCAGCCGGGUUCGAGCUAGCCUGCCCGUGGUGCGAUCGACCAAUCAGACGAGGGACCGCUCGCUAGGUGUGCUGUACCUGCAGUACGGAGACGAGACCAAACAGAUCCGCAUGCCCAACGAGAUCACCGGCAUCGACACCAUCAGAGCUCUGUUCGUCAGUGCCUUCGCAGCGCAGCUCAACAUGAAGAUGCUGGAGUCGCCCAGCGUCGCCGUCUACGUCAAAGACGACAUGAGGAACGUGUACUACGAGCUCACCGAUGUCAGGAACAUCACGGAUCACUCCUGUCUGAAGGUGUACCACAAAGACCCGGCGCAGGCCUUCAGCCACGGACCCCGACCUGCUAAUGGAGACGCCAGGAUGCACAGCGAGAUGGUGCAUGCUGGUCGUGAUGGGCCUCACCCUCUGAGACAGCCCCCCAUGGGUCCCCCCGCUCACCACCCCAUGCAGGGAGCACCUCCCCCGACCCCCCACUCCAUGCCCCCGUCCCCCUCCAGAAUCCCCUUCGGCCCGCGACAGGGCCCCCUACCUGGAACCGCCACCAUCCCAAGAGAGCGUCUUCCUAACGCCAGUCCUCGCUCCAUCUCCCCGUGUCCCAGCGCCAUCCUGGAGAGAAGGGACGUCAAACCGGAUGAAGACAGAGGGGGUAAAAGCCACAGUUUGUCCAGGGGGAACGAGGGCUUGUACGCGGAUCCAUACUUGCUCCAAGAUGGCAGGAUGGCUCACGGACCGCACCCCAAUCCUGGUUCUGAUGUUCCAGAUCAUGGCAUGGGGGGAUUUCACAGAGCCUCCAUCCGCUCCACAGGCUCUUACAGCGGACCGAGUCCCACAGACAGUAUGGAGCAUCCCUCCCUCUACAGGCAGAAGUCCAGAAACAGCCAGCUUCCAACUCUGGGAUCCAAGACUCCUCCGCCAUCCCCGCACCGCAUGGCUGAGGUACGGAUGAUUGACAUCCAUGGGGGACAUCCUCAUGGCCCGCCUCCUCAUGGGAUGCCUAUUCACGGCAUGCCACCUCAUGGGAUGCCUCCUCAUGGGAUGCCUCCUCACGGCAUGCCACCUCAUGGGAUGCCUCCUCAUGGCGUUCCUCCUCAUGGCGUUCCACCUCAUGGGAUGCCUCCUCAUGGCGUUCCUCCUCAUGGGAUGCCUCCUCAUGGCGUACCUCCUCAUGGGAUGCCCCCUCCUCAUGGCGUUCCUCCUCAUGGCGUUCCUCCUCAUGGCGUUCCCAUGGAGAGAAGCUCACCUGUGCGCCAGUCCUUCAGGAAGGAGGAAGUGUCAGGAACCAAGCCUCGAAACAACAUGGGAUCCCCUGUGGUGUCCGACAUCCAGGGCCACCUGCAGGGGCCCAUCCCACCGGUCAAUGAGCACCACACACGAGUGCGAAUGAAGGCUAUGGAGCAACAGAUUGCCAGCUUGACUGGUCUUGUUCAGCAUGCACUUUUAAAGGAGCCAAACACUAGUGGCAGCAAGGAGCUACUAAGUGAGCGACCCUCGAAGACUUCGUCUCCAGCUCACAGCGCACACAGCUCAGGCGGUUCCCCUGUCUUGGCUCCAAAGAGCGGCGCUUCUCCAUCUAACAAGAGCCCGGUUCCCAUCAAAGUCAACCUCCUGCAGUUCCGGAAGAAUGUUUCUGACCUCAGGAUGCAACUCCAUCAGAUGAGACAGCAACAGCUCCAGAACCAGGAGGCACUACGGGUCCAGCUGAGGCGCGCCGAGCAGGAAAUCAGUGUGAAACUUGCCGAGGCCAUGCGGGGUCUGGAGGAUCCCGUGCAGAGGCAGAGAGCGCUGGUAGAAGAAGACCGGCACAAGUACCUGGGCCUGGAGGAGCGAGUGCUCUCACAACUCGGAGAUCUGGAGCAGUACGUGGGCUCUCUGCAGAACGACUCGGCGGCGGCACAGAGAGUCGUGACCCUGAAGGACGUGGAGGAGGGAGCGGUGACUCUGAGGAAGGUGGGAGAGUCUCUGGCGGGGCUCAAAGGAGAGUUUCCAUCCCUGCAGACCAGGAUGCGCUCGGUGCUCAGGGUGGAGGUGGAUGCGGUGAAGUUUCUGAAGGAGGAGCCUCACAAACUGGACAGCAUGCUGAAGAGAGUCAAGAGCCUGACCGACACACUCAGCGGUCUGAGGAGAUGUGCUUCUGAGGGCUCUCAGAAAGGACCCAGUCCCUCUCCCAGCGUCCCCGUGGAGGCCAGCCCUUCAGCAGCGGCCCCUGCAGAGCCUCUGGAGCCCCAGAGCUCCACCAUCAAAUCUGAGGUGAUGCCUUCCUCCCCGGUGAUCAUCCAUCACGUGCAGAGCUCCCCGGUUCUGAUCCAGCAGUCCCAGCAGUCUGCAGCCCUGACAGCUCAGCCCAGUCCUCCUCUCACCCCCAGCCCCUCUCACACCCCUAGUCCCAUCCCGGGCAAGAGCCAGGGCAGGGAGUCUCCCAAAGGGGCCGCCUCGGAUCCACCGAGUCCAGCACGUCUUAAGAAGACUCGAGGGAACCCGGUGAAUAACGGAAACGGCCCUACCAGCCCGGGAUUCGUCAUUGAGGAGCUGCAGAACAGCCAGGGCAAGAACAAGAGCAGAGCCAUUUCCAUAGAGGCAGCAGAGAAGGAGUGGGAGGAGCGGAGGCAGAACAUGGGUCACUACGAUGGGAAAGAGUUUGAGAAGAUCCUCCUGGAGGCGCAGGCCAACAUGAUGAAGGGCAUCCCCAGUCUGGAGGUGGAGGAGAACCAGGCUCUGCCCCCCACUGCCACCGCAGAACCAGCAGAACCAGCAGAACCAGCAGACACCCCCAAGCCUGUGGAGUCACCAACAGAAGAGCUCCAGUCUCAGCCUCAGUCUGACAAACUGGAGAAGAAGGCUCCUGAGAAACUCCCGAAGCCUGUGAUGGAGAAACCAGCCAAACCUGCUCUGGAGACACCCCCGAAGACCGCCACCAAGCCGGCGUCCCCGGACAGUUUUACAACAAAGCAGGGGGGUGAGAAGACCAGCAAAUCUCCCCCACCACCUCCCCCCCCCAGGAAGACCUUCUCCCCCAGCUCCAGCUCAGGCAUGACCACCACUCGCUCCGGAGAGGUGGUCUACACCAGCAGGAGGGAUUCCGUCUCUGCACAGGAGGGUGAAGAGGACACACCACCUCCCAGCCCCCAACCCAAACCCAACAAGGUUCCUCCAGAGACGAAGCCCAAGCCGGCCACCCCGCCCCCCGUCACUGUUCCCACAGAAGAGGAGGACGAAGGGGACAAAAUCAUGGCUGAGCUUCAGGUGUUCCAGAAGUGCACAGUUAAGGAUGUAGGGGUGAAACAUUUGGUAGAACCCACCUCUCGAAUUGAUCCGCAAAUCAGAGAGCUGAGGCCCUUAUUGCCUCUCAAAGAGAAAAAGCAGAGCUCAGAGUCCACACGGGAGGAUAAAGAUCCCGACACAGAUGAAAAUGGGAACACUACUCUCCGACAGAGCCAAGGGGUCAUUUACUAUGUGACCGGGCAGAUUCCCAAAGAGCAUCCAACGCUGUCCGGAACGGAGGAGAUCCACGAACACCGAGAGACCGCACAGCCUCCAUCACAGGUGUCAAAUGUCAAUGUUAACGACAAUUCUCCAAGUCAGCAGCCACUACCGUCUUCACCGCCAAAAUCUCCUAUAACACCUCCACCGAUAUCCCCCAAACCCGUGGGACUGAAAGGAUUCAAACUUCCAAGGAAGCAAAUGAAACGCUCCGAGUCCUUGAAGAGCAGCGUAGAAAUGGAGAAGGGGAAAAUCCUCAACAAAAUUAACACUGAAAAGAAAAGUAAAUCAAUCCUGCAGCAUGUUUCUUCAAGUAAGAAUAUAAUACCUGAGCCUGUGGCCACAACAACAACAACCAAAGCGCCGCCAAAAAGUUCACUAAAAAAGUCUCACAGUGAGGAUCCGCCUAAAGCAAACUACGUGGAUUUUAACGAGGAGGACAGUCUUAGUCCUGACUUACCUGGAGAAGAGGCUCCUCCCCCUCCUGACAACAUAGCAUUUAUGAUCACUAACACCAAAGUGCAGGCCCUGUCCUGCGGCGAGUACCAGGACCUGGUCAACGCCAAGAAAGGAAGCGUGCAGACGGUCACUGUAGGUAGCGCUCACAACCGAGGGAACGCCUCAAUGGAUCCCAAUUUCCAACAUGAUAACCGCUACAACAAGAAGCCCGUCAUCAUCAUUUUCGACGAGCCCAUCGACAUCCGUUCGGCGUACAAACGUCUGUCCGUCAUCUUCGAAGGUGAGGAGGAGCUGGACAGGAUGUUAGCGGCCGAGUGCAUCGAGGAGGAGAGCGAGGAGUCCGACUCUGAGAAGGGUAGCGGGCGGCAGGCUAAAGCAGGAGGGAGCGAGGUGGUUGACGGCAAAGACGCUAGCGCUUCACAGCUCAACGCUGAACACGUUAGCUUAUCAUCCUCAUCUUCAUCGAUCUCUGAGCCCGCAGACAGUGGAGUGAGCUCAAACGGUGACGCCAAGACGGACGGUAAGAAGAAGUUCAAGUUUAAGUUCCCUAAGAAACAGCUGGCGGCGUUCACCCAGGCCAUCCGCAUCGGCACCAAGUCCGGAAAGAAGACCUUACAGGUGGUGGUGUACGAAGACGAGGAGGAAUCAGACGGUACGAUCAAGCAGCACAAGGAGGCCAAGAGAUUUGAGAUCACGCGCUCUAAAUCCCUAGCAGAGGCUCACAAGGGGGCAGUGCUGAAGAGGCAGAACUCAGAGUCCCUCUUCAGGACGGACGAGAUCCGGAAGAACGCCUACAAGACGAUGGACAGCCUGGAGCAGACCAUCAAGCAGCUGGAGACCACCAUCAGCGAGAUGGGGCCGGUCUCCCCCACGGAGGAAACUAACAUGGGGAAUGGGAACAUCUCAGAAGGAGCGGGGCUUAAGAGGUCUUCCUCUCUGCCCACCUCCAGGGGGUCCGGCCCUAAGGCACCCAGCAAAAGCAUUCUGGUGAAGAAGACUAAACCCCAGCUGCUCCCUCGCCCUGUAGUCGUCCCUACUACCAGCACCACCACUGUCCCCAGUGAAACUACCGUACAACAGAUCCCCUUGCAGAACACCAGUGUCGCGUCCCCUACUAGUCGGAUGCCCGUCCCUUUGUCUGCGAAGUCCAGGCAGUCGCCGGGUACUACUGACAAAGCAGGAAAACCGCAAAAACUACAGGACGCUCAGAGGCAGUUCCGACAGGCUAACGGAAGUGCUAAAAGAGUGGGAGGGGAUCAUAAAACUACUUCCCCUACUAUUCCCACCUCUAAAAUCCCCGCUUUUUAUCCUAGCUCUCCUAAAGGCAGCCCCCAGUCUGCACCAAACUCAGAUGCUACUAAUCCCAUUAACCCUUCCUCUUCCUCCUCUGCGACAAAGUCCUCCAUCCUGUCCUCUCCUCUUCCUCGCUCCGGUUCCCAACCCUCCUCCCACAUCCCCUCCCUGUCUAACGGAUCCCUCAAACUCCCCUCACAACACACAGGUAAAACUCUUUCGUUCUCCUCGCAGAAUGGUCGAGUGCACUCCUCCUCUUCCACCUCUUCAUUCUCCUCCUCAUCAUCCUCAUCCUCCCCCUCCCCUCUGUCGCCCACACCUUUGGGCCCGGGUGGAAAGAGCAUCCGCACCAUACACACCCCCAGCUUCACCAGCUACAGAGCCCACAACGGCAGCAGCAGCAACGGCAAAUCCUGCAUCCCAACAGCCACCGCCGCUAAGGACGCUUCCUAAGCCCCGUUUACCGCCCAGUGGUCUGUUAGCAGCUCAUAGAAGUCCUGAUGUGAACCCCCCAAAUGUUGAGUACUCCAAAGUUUUAUCCUUUAAAUGUAUAGUACGGGUCCCCAGCACAUAGAAACUGCCAGAUGCUAACUUGCAGACGUUGCGUUAAAUAGCAUUAAUUAGCAGCUUGUGUUGACAAUAGUUAAAUAAUUAAUAAUUAGUCGUUAUUGGAAUAAUUGAGUCCAUUUCUGGUCUUUUCAGAAUCAAACAUGCCAGUUUUAACCAGAAAGAGGCAAUAUUUGUACUCUGUGGGCUGAGUUCUUUACAUUUUGGGUCAAUUUGGAAGAUUUAGAGGACUCAUUUGGAUUCAAUCAAUCAAUCAAUCAAUCAAUGUUUAUUUAUAUAGCCCAAUAUCACAAAUGUUACAUUUGUCUCAGUGGACUUCACAGUUUGUACAGAAU